AUGUCGCAAUUUCGUCCGGCGGACAAGAAGUUUUUGAGUGAGAAAAUGUGAGUCAAAAAAAUGAAAAAUGAACAUUUUUUCGUGUUUCAGAGUCGAAAUACAUAAAGUAACCUUGGAAGUGCUGUCGGUCUCGGAUUUGUUCAGGUUCAGUGAGUACGAAAUGAAUGAGAUUCUGGAAUCUCAAGAAUCUCUGGUAGGAAUUUUAAAUUCUUUCAGCAAUCGAAAUUCGCAAGAGCAGCAUCAAAAAAUUUCUGACCAGUUGAGUUCAAAAACUUGGAUUGAAACUUCUUCCAACAAUAAACGCUAUUUUUCUAAUGCAAGUUUUCAAGCGCUUAAAAAGACUUUUCGAAAUAAAAAAAGUAGCAGUGUAAUACUAUUUCAAGACUACAACGCUCAAAAGAUAAAACUUUGAAAACGGGAAAAUCGGAGUUAGAAUUUCGAAAAAAAAGAAGUUUUGAGGCUAGAACUUCACCUUCAAAACUUAACUUAAUCGCAUAAAAUGUUUUAGUCGAAUGAAUGUUCUUCAGACAAAUUUGAAAAAGUUUGAUGGAAGCUUUAUAAGGUUUCCUCCUCUUUUAGUUCAAGCCCUCGUCAUCAACCACUUUUCAGCUUGAGUUCCUGACGACGCCAUUCAUCGAUCAGGUUGAUGCCGAGCUCGGAAUCAAGAAAAGAAACCCGGAUCCACUGUACUACAGACGCUCGGCUACCUGCGAAGGCGGCGCUCGGAUAGUUGAGAAACGUCAAUUUCGGCUUCAGUGAGCAAUACCUUUGGUCCGAUAUUUUCUUCCUAUCUCUUUUCAGUAAGGCGGUUGAACGGAUGAUGGACGCUUUGAAAAAAGCUCAGGUGUGGAAACCUUGCAAGAAAAAACUUCAAAGCUAGAUUUUCAGAACAAGAGCUCGCCGUCGACGGUCGCUGGUCAAUCUGUCGAGGAGCUCAGGUUAUUCCCAAGACAACUUUUCUCGCAAUGAAACUGAUUUCAAGCACUGAGUUGCAAGCUUGUGGCAUCGACAAGAAGAAUUCGGACGCUGAGGCCGACGAAAAAAGAGCGGAUGGAAAAGGCGCGAUCAAUAAAGGUUUCAAAUUUCUUUUCUACGCAAACACUGAAAUUUCAAGUUAUAGAAAAAAAUGGUAAAUGUUUUGAAAAUUUUUAAUCUCAGCGUCUUUUCUUUUCUCAAAAAAAGAUGCAUAGUUCAAAAAGCUUUUUCCAGAGGAAGAUGCAUCGGAAGAUCGUCCGGGACCUUCCAAAUAA